AAAGGGAAAAAGGCAAAACGCGAAAUCCGCGAACAAAUCGCGAUUCUGUAAUCAAUUUUUAUCAGUGAUUCAAACAACAGCCAAACAAUCUUCUGACCAGACUCGCCUAGAACAAUCAUCGCCGGGUGGGCACCAGCAGCAGGCGCCUUCGUUCGACAGAAAGGCACGCAAGUGACCCAGACGUGCUCCUUGUUAUCAGUAAAAAAUCUCCACGGCAAAUUACGGCAUCCACAAGUCUGUGCUAAACCCGGUGCACACCUGGAAGAGUAGAACGGUAGUGUCCCCGAAAAUUACGGGAAUUACAUAACUGCCAAAAAGGGAAGCACGGCACGCACGGCAUCGUGCACGCAACGAGAUGGCAGGAACGAACGCAGGCUCGCUUUAUCCACGGACUCCAGGUAGCGGGAACGUGAAUUUAUGCUGACGAGGUGAUAGAACCGGACCUCCGAGGCACAAGCAUACGCACACACGCAUUGAAUGCUAGAGAUUAGGAUUUGCUGUUAUUUUAUCAACUUCGCUUGUACGCACCAACCCCAUUGCCGUGGGAACGCGAGCUACUGUGAUGGCAAUCAUACGCACUACGGAAGAGCUGCAUCCCGCGGUCGCAAACAACGGGCCGGUCACGGUACCGAUCUUCUGCUGGCGGGAGUUUGCCUGUGGCUGGGGUGCAGCCUUCGUCAACAUUACCGUGACCUAUCCCAUCUACAAGAUGAUCUUUCGGCAGAUGCUGCACGGUGUGAAGCUAACGCAGGCCUUUGGUCAGUUGCGCGGCGAAGGUAUGACCUUCCUGUACCGGGGCAUAUUCCCUCCGUUGGCCCAGAAAACGAUCUCACUAUCGCUAAUGUUCGGUGUGUACGAUAGUACGCGGCGGCCACUCGUCGAAUACUGUCACGUAAAUCCGUACACAGCGAAAACGGUGGCGGGCAUAGCGGCCGGUACUGUAGAAGCAGUACUGAUGCCCUUCGAAAGGGUUCAAACGCUGCUGGCAGAUGCUACCUAUCAUCAAAAGUAUCGGAAUACGCAACAUGCCUUCAAGGUCAUUAUCGUGGAAAAUGGUAUUAAAGAGCUGUACCGAGGUUUGGUACCGAUUCUGUGGCGUAACGGACCCUCGAAUGCAAUGUUCUUUGUGCUUCGUGAAGAAGCAAGUAGUCGGCUACCAAAGCGAGUUUCCAUCGUUUCCCAGGGGACUCAGGAGUUUGUGGCUGGUGCCUGUAUCGGUGCAUUUAUCAGCACGGUGUUCUAUCCUCUGAACGUGCUGAAGGUGACGAUGCAGUGUCGUGUCGGUGGACCGUACGACAACAUGUGGACUGCCAUGCAACAAGUGUACAUCAGCCGCGAUCGGAAGCUGCGGAACGUCUACAAAGGCGUUAGCAUGAACGCAUCGCGGGCUUUCCUCAGCUGGGGCAUUAUGAACACGGCGUACGAACAGCUUAAGAAGGUGUUCUACUAGGUCGGCACCGGAUGUGAUCCAAGCAGCACGUUCCACGUGGUACCCACUCAACACUAGUCGAUAGCAUUGCAAUGCUAAUCUCCACGUUGCCACUCAACCCACGUACCGUUCCGUUUUCAUCUUCCGCUCCUAUUAUCACUGUCAUGAGACCCACAAUGAGUGUUCCCCGUGUUGCAUUUAAUGCACAUUGCCAUUGCCUAGGCUACCAAACCCAGUCUUUUCAGCCGUUGUCGAGCGUCUCGUACGUUGAAGUAUUCUGUUUAUUCUUGUUGUUUUUUUUUAUUCACAAGUCAUAGUGUAAAUAUUGAUGAACACAUUGUAAAUAUCUCGCCAAUUGAUGCAUAAACUGCACCUACAUCCAUGCGCAGUGA